AUGAGUACAGAUUUAGAUUCCGAAUACUGGAUUCUUGCACCUACCGGAGAAUGGGACGCAUUAAGUUUUCAAUUAUCUUCGAUAAAUAUUGAUGACAAAUGGAGACUUCCUUCAGAAAGAUUUGUAAAUGAAGAUGUUUUAUACGAUUGGGCAGUAACUCACCAUUCUGAAACGUAG